GUUAGCGCGGGCGCCGGCGCUCCAGGCUGGGGCGCGCUAGCUAGCUCGGGAGCAGAGCAGCCCGGGGUGAGUUUUCUUUGCUCCAGCCCCGCCUCCCGCCCUCCCCCUCGGAGAGCCGCGCGCAGCCCCCGAACCACCUCUCCAAGUCUCUAGCACACUUGCAGCCGGUCGCCCCAAAGGAGCAGCAGUGCCCGCCGAGCUCCAUUCCUGUGCUUCUCUGCCCGAUGGAGCUCGGGCGCUGCCGACGCCUCGGCUGCCGGGAACCCUGAGCCUGUCCCGGGUGUCCCGAGGACCUUGCCGGCCAGUCUGUGAGUGCAGAGUGCCCGGGCGCACACCGAGGACAGGGGGCCUCGAGGUUCUGGGAAGCACGCCGUGCCGCUCGCCUGGGUUACCUGGCUGGCGGCAGGGACCAUGGCUCUGAAGGACACCGGCAGCGGCGGCAGCACCAUCCUCCCCAUCAGCGAGAUGGUGUCCGCGACCAGUUCUCCUGGCGCUCCUCUGGCCGCCGCCCAGGGGCCCUGCGCUCCGUCGCCCUUCCCCGAGGUAGUGGAGCUGAAUGUUGGCGGCCAGGUCUAUGUGACCAAGCACUCGACGCUGCUCAGCGUCCCGGACAGCACUCUGGCCAGCAUGUUCUCGCCCUCUAGUCCCCGGGGCGGCGCUCGGCGCCGGGGCGAGUUGCCCAGGGACAGCCGCGCGCGCUUCUUCAUCGACCGCGACGGCUUCCUCUUUCGGUACGUUCUGGAUUACCUGCGCGACAAGCAGCUGGCGCUGCCCGAGCACUUCCCCGAGAAGGAGCGGCUCCUGCGCGAGGCAGAGUUCUUCCAGCUCACCGACCUGGUCAAGCUGCUGUCGCCCAAGGUCACCAAGCAGAACUCGCUCAACGACGAGGGCUGCCAGAGCGACCUGGAGGACAACGUUUCCCAGGGCAGCAGCGACGCACUGCUGCUGCGUGGGGCGGCGGCCGGCGGCGCGCCCUCGGGCUCUGGAGCGCACGGUGUCAGUGGGGUUGUCGCGGGCAGCAGCGCUCCGGACAAGCGCUCUGGCUUCCUCACCCUGGGCUACCGUGGCUCCUACACCACAGUGCGCGACAACCAGGCAGAUGCCAAGUUCAGGCGUGUGGCGCGCAUCAUGGUGUGCGGGCGCAUCGCCUUGGCCAAAGAGGUCUUUGGGGACACUCUUAAUGAGAGUCGCGACCCUGACCGGCAGCCGGAGAAGUAUACGUCCCGCUUCUACCUCAAGUUCACCUACUUGGAGCAGGCGUUCGAUCGACUGUCUGAGGCCGGCUUCCACAUGGUGGCGUGCAACUCCUCUGGCACCGCCGCCUUUGUCAACCAGUACCGAGACGACAAGAUCUGGAGCAGUUAUACCGAGUACAUCUUCUUCCGUAAGUUAGCAUCCUACCUACCUAUGCAUCUCACACCCUUUCUCCGCCUUCGCUGA